AUGUCUCACGAAACCCUUGACACCGUUCUGAACCUGGUUGCUGGUUCUGAGCAUUACCCAACUGCAGAGCGAGCAUAUCACCUUCUUCAGGACACAUUAGCGGCCGAUAACAAUAAGCAUGAUGCGGUAAAGCUUGGUGCUGUUGACUCUCUUCUAUCCUAUCUGGUUCGAUGGACCAUUGGAACGGAAAAAGAAGUCAGAGAUCCCAUUCAAGCCCUUCGGACGUUGCAAAACAUUUCGCCGCACGAUCUUGAGGACAAUCAAGUUGUCCAAAUGGUUGACUGCUUUGUCGCCUGGUUAGAUUCCUCCACCGAAUCUGAUCUGUUGAUGAUUUUACCAUUUUUGAAAGAACGAAUGAGCGAAGUGCAUUUUGCUGAUGUAUUUAUGGAGCGGCAUGAAUUCUUCCCGUUUCUGCGGCUGAUCGACCCCUAUACCACGAAAGUUCAAACAAAUUCAGUCACCGUCAAGAUUUUGAACUUGAUCGAAAGGCAAACCAAUAACGAUAAAAACCGCUUCCGCUUCCAAAGAAACGGUGGAAUGAAUGUGAUUUUGCGCUUGCUUCAAAAGCAUCCAGAAGACGUGGUGAUGUCAGCCCUUUUGCAGGCCUUGGUUCAGCUUGUCACUUCACCUGAUCUCGCUCAGAUCUUCGAGGAAGGAGGCGGCCUGCGUAGUCUUCUCAAGAUCCUGAACCAAAACAAUAUGGCCUCCCUUCUCCCGGCCGUUACAGUAAUUCGGAAAGUUAUCUUGUCUAAGCAUCAUGGUACUUCAGAGGCCAGAAAACAAGUCGUGACGAGACUCGCCCACUUGAGAAAAAAAUUGAAACCGGAAACUGACCGAGAGUCAUCGAUCGCUGGUGAAGUUGUUGCUGAGAUCAACCUUAUUGUGAAUAGUUUCAAGCAAGGCCCAAAAGUAUCGUUAGGAUCAGAAAGAGCAUUGCAAUUGCCUCCGUCGCAACCGGUUUCAGAUGAAGAAGGCCCGGAUAUCACGGAAGAAGACGCAAUAUCAUUCAGAACACCCACGCCAUUCAUCGAGUUUGAGCCGAUAGGAGACGUGCAGGAAGAAGCUAUCAGAAAGUUAAUAGAUAUGCUAUCCUCGGCCGAGUUUCACCUCCGUGCCGAAGCCGUAGGAAUCAUUCGUCGGAUUACCGCGUUCAAAGAGCUUCCAGACAGCCUGUCUGAAGCACUCACGCAGGCAUUGCUUCAUCUAUUGGAUGAUGAAGACCACAUCAUGACUCAAGCGGCAGCAGCGUUAUGCCACAUGGCACUUUAUCCCAGGCAACUUUCUGUCCGCAACUGA